CUGCUGCAGCCACAUUUUCCUGCAGUGCCCGGGGUGACAGCCUGUCCCGAGUGCGGGGAGGGCAGGGUAGCGGGAGAGGAGGACAGAAGGUGUUGCCACCCACCUGUCCGGAUCUGGCCGGCCCCCGCCGCCACCCGGCUGCAGCUGGCCGCCGGACGCUGCAGGUGUUGGGGCCCUGGGUCCCAGUGGAGCUCUGUACUGGAGGAGCUCAACCCAAGUGGGGAGCCCAGAGGGUCCCGAGGUCACAGAGCCCAGUCGUCUGGUAAGGGAGAGCUCCGGGGGAGAGGUCCGAAAGCAGCAACUGGACACCAGGGUCCGCCAGGAUCCGCCCCGGGGGACGCCUGUGCACCUGGCCCAGGUGAGUUUCGUCAUCCCUGCCUUCAACUCAAACUUCACUCUGGACCUGGAGCUGAACCAUCACCUCCUCUCCUCACAGUAUGUGGAACGCCAUUUCAGCCGGGAGGGGACAACCCAGCACAGCACUGGGGCUGGAGACCACUGCUACUACCAUGGGAAACUCCGGGACAACCCACACUCUUUCGCUGCGCUCUCCACCUGUCAGGGGCUGCAUGGGGUCUUCUCUGAUGGGAACCUGACUUAUAUCGUGGAGCCCCAGGAGAUGGCUGGACCUUGGGGAUACCCACAGGGCCCCCUUCCCCACCUCAUUUACCGGACCCCUCUCCUCCCAGCCCCCCUCGGAUGCAGGGAACCAGGCUGCCUGUUUGCUGUCCCUGCCCAGUCUGCUUCUCCUACCUGGCCCAAGCUGAGAAGGAAAAGGUCCGCAGGGGCCACCCCACAGUACACAGUGAAACCAAGUACGUGGAGCUGAUUGUGAUCAACGACCACCAGCUGUUUGAGCAGAUGCGGCAGUCGGUGGUCCUCACCAGCAACUUUGCUAAGUCCGUGGUGAACCUGGCAGAUGUGAUAUACAAGGAGCAGCUCAACACUCGAAUUGUGCUGGUUGCCAUGGAGACAUGGGCAGAUGGAGACAAGAUCCAGGUGCAGGAUGACCUCCUGGAGACCCUGGCCCGACUCAUGGUCUACCGGCGGGAGGGUCUGCCUGAGCCCAGUGAUGCCACCCACCUCUUCUCAGGCAGGACUUUCCAGAGCACCAGCAGUGGAGCAGCCUAUGUAGGGGGUAUCUGCUCACUGUCCCGGGGUGGGGGUGUGAAUGAGUAUGGCAAUAUGGGUGCCAUGGCAGUGACCCUCGCUCAGACACUGGGGCAGAACCUGGGCAUGAUGUGGAAUAAGCACCGUGGCUCAGCAGGGGACUGCAAGUGUCCAGACAUCUGGCUGGGCUGCAUCAUGGAGGACACUGGGUUCUACUUGCCCCGCAAGUUCUCACGCUGCAGCAUCGACGAGUACAACCAGUUUCUGCAGGAGGGCGGCGGGAGCUGCCUGUUCAACAAGCCCCUCAAGCUCCUGGAUCCCCCCGAGUGCGGGAACGGCUUCGUGGAGGCGGGAGAGGAGUGCGACUGCGGUUCAGUGCAGGAGUGCAAUCGCGCAGGUGGCAACUGCUGCAAGAAAUGCACCCUGACUCACGACGCCAUGUGCAGCGACGGGCUCUGCUGUCGCCGCUGCAAGUAUGAGCCACGAGGUGUUUCCUGCCGAGAAGCAGUGAACGAGUGUGACAUCGCAGAGACCUGCACCGGGGACUCAAGCCAGUGUCCCCCUAACCUUCACAAGCUGGAUGGUUACUACUGUGAUCAUGAGCAGGGCCGUUGCUAUGGAGGUCGCUGUAAAACACGGGACCGGCAGUGCCAGGCCCUUUGGGGCCAUGUGGCUGCUGAUCGCUUCUGCUAUGAGAAACUGAACGUGGAGGGGACAGAGCGUGGAAACUGUGGGCGCAAGGGGUCCGGCUGGGUCCAGUGCAAUAAGCAGGAUGUGCUCUGUGGCUUCCUCCUCUGCGUCAACAUCUCUGGAGCUCCUCGGCUAGGGGAUCUUGGAGGAGACAUCAGCAGUGUCACCUUCUACCACCAGGGCAAGGAGCUGGACUGCAGGGGGGGCCAUGUGCAGCUAGCUGAUGGCUCGGACCUGAGCUAUGUGGAGGAUGGCACAGCCUGCGGGCCCAACAUGUUGUGCCUGGACCACCGCUGCCUGCCAGCCUCUGCCUUCAACUUCAGCACCUGCCCAGGCAGUGGGGAGCGCCGGAUCUGCUCCCAUCAUGGGGUCUGCAGCAAUGAAGGGAAGUGCAUCUGUCAUCCAGACUGGACAGGCAAAGACUGCAGCAUCCACAACCCCCUGCCCACACCUCCACCCACGGGGGAGACAGAGAGAUACAAAGGUCCCAGCGGUACCAACAUCAUCAUUGGCUCCAUCGCCGGGGCUGUCCUGGUCGCAGCCAUCGUCCUGGGCGGCACGGGCUGGGGAUUUAAAAACAUCCGACGAGGAAGAUCCGGAGGGGCCUAAGUGCCACCCUGCUCCCUCCGAGCCUGGCACCCACCGUCUCGUCCCUGAACUACGAGGCUGCCCCCACCCUGCCACAGAGGGAGGCACCGUGCAAAUGUCUUCCAGGUCCAAACCCUUCAACUCCUGGCUGCACAGGGGUUGGGGGUUGGGGCUGUGGCCCUGUCCUUCAGACCACUUGGGUGGAGGGGCCUGGAGGAGGGCACUUCCUACCUGGUCCCCCACCCCGCCUCAUUCGGCUUUGGCCUUGCACCCAUCUCCCCAUGUGAAUGUAGCUUCUAUCAUCACAGACUGCCACAUCUCAAGUGGGGGCCUGGAAUGGUGCCUGGUGGGGGCAGGCAGCCACCAGUGGACACAGCCAGAUGUCCCUUCUUCAAAACAAGGCAGCUGGGACCAGGGUCAUAGCUCUCUGGGACCUAGGGGAAGGGACUGACAUCUACACUUUUUUUUUUUUAAACUGAACCUAACUGAUGAAUGUAAUCAUGGGGUGCUGGGGCCCGGGCAGCUGUAGCGAUGCUUCUGACACAGGAGGGCCUGGAGGGUCUGAGGCCUUGAGACCUCCCAGGCCCUCCCCGGGCAGGCUCACAUCUGGAAUCCUGCCACUGAACCCAGCAGGAGCUGGGCAUCCCUGCCUGCUCUACCCCCACCCAGCUUAGGAGAAUUAAGAGUGCUGAUUCAAACCAAAGCUGCCUGUCCCGUGCCCACAGCUUAGCUCAUGGGUGUGGUGACUCCAUCCCAGACUCUCUUCAAUUCCAAACUGACCAUCCUGACCCUGCCAGGUCGCAUGCAUUUGAGGGGAAGGGUCUCAAAAAUAUAGUCCCUGAAAUAAAAUGGCACCAUCCCCCCUUUCAAGAAGGAUGUUUCUGGGGCUGUCUCAGGGUUCAGGUACCCCCAGUGUGGCCUGGCGGUUCUAGAACGGGCUAUCUUCUUAUAGAGGACUCUAGAUAGGAAGAGCCAAGGUGUCCUGGUGCCCCCAGGGUUAGUGCCUGUGAUGUGGAGAUCAGGAAAGGGCAGGUCUCAUGGAUGAUCCUAGGUUUCUAGAAGAGUCCUCAAGGCCCCAUCAAAACCCUUAUUCACUCUAGGGCUGAGUAGUAAGUUUACAGAUACCCGUCUGCCCUCCUCUGGUCUUUGCUACAGUUCACCCUGAGACCAUAGCCAAGGCUAGCAGCACUGCUCAGCCUGCCCACACAGUCUGCCAUGGCCAGCCUGCCUUCAUGACCCUGUGUGAGACUGAGAAGCUCUGGCUUCUUGCCCUAAAAGCCAGCUGGCAAGACAAGAUGGGGGCAGGCUACCUUAUGGAUGAAAGCCAAAAAUGAAAGGUGCCACCUUAUCAUGGGGCACCCCACUCAGGCUCAUCAGUGGCUUCUGGACACUCCAGGAUCCCUGAGAGUUGCCCGUUUGAGUUGGUCCUGUUUUUGAGGCCUCUUUGGGGAAGGAUCAUGAAGGAAAUGGCUGUUUAGAUAAGCCACCCCAGCGGCAAGGCCAGGUAGUGCCUGCUACAGUUGGGGUCCUCAGUACUGAGCUCCAGCUGGCAUUGUCCUAUUGAUGACACUGGGUGGGUGUCCCUCAGGCCAGACCCAGGCCACCAGUCCCACUAGCUGAGGCUGGGCAGAAGGGCUGGAUGUUGCCGUUACUGGGAUACCUUGAGACUCCCACUGGGUGGCACACCUGCACACAGUUGGCAGUGCACCUGGACACAGGCAUGUGGAUCCACACCUCUGCACGAUUGUCAAUGCCUCUGCAUACAUGGGCAUGUCUGUAGGUGCCCAUAUGUCCCUGGCGGGGACACAAAGAACACAAGAUUUCCUGAUUUCCUGUGACCCUGACCCCCAGCUGUCUGCAUCCUCCUGCUCCACCCCAGCAGUGCCUGGCGUGGCAGUGUCCAGGGAGGAGUGAAGGCUGUACUCGCCUGGACUGGACCCAGGUCCCUACGCAUCCUGUAAAUAUGUCAUCUGGGCUGGGGUGGGGAGGCGGGGCCAGGAGCCCACAUUAAAGAUUAAAGAUCACAUCUUGGGCUUCCGUGGAGCUCACACCAA